AUGUUAAUAUUUCUCGGAUUGCUAUGCCUCUACACCGGCCUCUAUGUGGCCCGGACGUAUUGGAGAUUAAGGCACUUCCCCGGUCCGCUUGUAGCGCGGUUUACGGACCUAGGAAGGCUCUGGUGGGUGAAAACUUCUCGCUCGCACCAUCACCAUAUGGGUUUACACCGUCGCUAUGGCCAUUAUGUUCGGUUAGGGCCAAAUAUGAUAUCUAUCUCGGACCCGGAUGCCAUUUCACUGGUAUAUCCGAUUCGCCCGGGGAUUCCAAAGGUGAGUCAGACGCAAGACACCUGGCCCAUUGUAUCAAGCGAUGACAUCUGUGCUGACGUGGAUGGGUCUGUCAAGAGUGAUUUUUAUCGGUCAAUGAUGCCUUAUACCAGGAAAGGCCGCUCAUUGCCGCUCGUAUUCAACACCCGGGAUGAAGCCCUUCAUAAGAGACUCAAGACUCCUAUUGCACACCUGUACUCCUUGUCGAAUAUCCUGACAUUCGAGACGUUUGUUGACCAAGUUCUUGAAAUUUUGUUUCGCCAGCUUGAAGAACGAUUUGUUCCCGGUCAGGUGGCAUUCGAUCUCGGAAACUGGCUGCAGUACUUUGCAUUUGACGUGAUGGGGACCAUGUCCUUCUCGAGGCGAUAUGGAUUUUUGGAGAAGGGGCGAGACGACACGGGUCUGCUUUCGGCUAUCUGGGCUUUUAUGAAGGCUGCUGCACCGGUCACGCAGAUGCCAUGGGUUGAUUUGGUGUGGAAUAAGAACCCCGUUGUCGCUCUAUUCCGGGCUACACCAGCACAACCGAUCUUGAACGUUGUGCUGUCAAGAAUUAACGAACGACGAGAGGAGCUCUCCAAUACUAUGAGUACUUUAGAGAAGGUAAACGAAAAGGAUUUUCUGUCUCGGUUCAUGCACAUCCAGUCGGACAGCGACGCUAUUCCACCCUGGGCUGUGACGGCGUGGUCAUUCUCUAAUGUGAUUGCGGGCUCAGACACGACCGCUGUGGCCAUGAAAACACUCUGGCAUAACUUGCUCUUGCAUCCAGUGACUAUGCAUCGCCUGCGCAAGGAACUUGUCCAGGCCCAACAGCAGUCGAAGCUGUCUACUCCGUUCCCGGCAUGGAGCGAGAUUUCCGGAUUACCGUACCUCAAUGCUUGUGUCAAUGAAGCGCUCCGGAUACAUCCACCAUUCUGCCUCCCUUUCGAACGAGUCGUUCCCGCAGAAGGAAUGACUAUCGGCGAUCAUUUCUUCCCCGGUGGGACAGUGAUCGGGAUGAACCCCUGGGUAAUCAACCGCCAUCGGCCAACAUUCGGCGAGGAUGCAGACGCCUGGAGACCUGAAAGAUGGCUUGAGAAUCCAGUUCGCACUCGGCAAAUGGAGAACGCUCUUCUCAGUUUCGGCGCUGGGAGGCGAGUAUGCCUUGGCAAGAAUAUUGCACUGUUAGAGCUGAAGAAGCUCACUUCCGCUCUUAUGCUUCAUUACGAGUUGGAGAUCGUAAACCCGGAGAAAUUCCAGUCCCAGAAUUUCUUUUUCUUCAAGCAAGAAGGGCUAUAUGCGGCAGUCAAGAGACGGUCUGCAAGUUCGCCAGAGCUAUACCCGGACGAUGUGAUUCAUCAUUAAAUCUUGCCCUAGCUGGUUUUUGGCGGGCUGUGGAUCGAUGAUAGUGGCGUGGGUCGAGAAGCUGCUGGAUAGACACCGCUAUUCCUGGAUAUGUAUGUAUCAUACAAUACCGUACAGUACACAGACGUAAAAGAUUGGGCCAUGAUGGCGCUAUGCCCGAAACAGAC